CCCCAACGCGAAAGCUGCUGCCGAGCUAGUUCGAACGUUUUAAAGCUAUCGACACAAAAAGGCAGACAGACAGACAGACAGAAAUAGAGAGAGAGAGGAAGAGGAAGAGAGAAUCGUUAUAGUAAUAAGGAAAGAGUUAACGGAAGCCUGUUUAUUCAACGAUGUCAAGGCACAAUUGUUAGCUUUUUUUGAUCUCUCUUCGAUAAAUUCCAAAAACUUUUCUCUCUAGUGUCUCGUGACACGGCUUCUCUCUCCCCCUUCUACGUAUACACAUAUAUAUACACACAUAGCGGACAGACAGACACGUAUAUACACACGGGAUCGUGUGCAACACGAAGGGGAGACCGCGUUCGCGCCACCUGACGUCUCUAAGCUUCGCACCGACAACGGCCUGUCAAACGUCAAAAAAUAACGAUCGAUCGGAGAAGAAGCGGUACUUCCGAUCCUGAAGCCUUGUCGUUCUCAUCAUCGUCGUGGUAAUUUCAUAUUUUGUUUUGGAAGGAAGUACCUUCCAGGAUACGUCGGGUAACCUGGAAUUAAGGAGGAGCUAUACGUGACUGAGCUAUGAGUACAACAGAUCCCGCUGGGGAGGGUGGAGGGGGGCAGUCUGCAACGACACCUUCCACAAAUACCGAACAAAAUGUAACACCGAGUACACCGAUAACAAGCAGCGCAGUGCCUCCAGGAUCACAGCAGCAACAACAUCCACCACCAUCGCCCUUAAGUGGUUGCUAUCUACUCGUGGUGCUUCCCGAACCCCAUAUCGCACAACAUAAGGAUCUUAUUCUCAACCGUCUUGCCAAAGGUUUCCUGUCAUGGGACAAAGACAGCUGUCACGUAGACUUGGAGAAAGAAUUACAAGCGCUGAUAGCACAAGCUCCCGAAGGCGAGGAAGCUCGAAAUGGAGAACGUCUGAUUCAAUAUGCCACGGAAAACCUUGUUACGGAGGUUUUGAUACACCCGCAAACGAAUACGUUAUUACAAUGCAUUCGAAAUCUUCUCGCAAGUUUUACGAAGCAUCGACACAUCAUACAUGCUGGAUAUACGUUCGGUGGCAAUGGUUCUUGGAUUUUACAGGAUGGAACCUUUAGUCUUGCUGACUUUCUUGAUGCGUUCAGCGAACAUGAAGUGCAAAGAGUCCUUCGUGCCUACGAGAAUAGCGUUACGGUAGAUAUUCAUUGUGCGGGUGUCGGCGAUUGGACAACUACACGAUUAUCCAAAGAAUCUUGUACUAGGUCUUGCCGAGUUCGAGUAAAUCCAGAUGAUGUUUUAACAGCUGGAGUACCAACGAUCACGAGCUUCACAAAUUAUGUCGGGCAAUACCUAAUCGCUCAAACAUUAGAUCAACUGAUGGAACCGUCCGAUGUCGUUGGAAACAUCAGGUUCAGCCAUCCUACUUUAUACGUCUUCCCUGGUGGGCAAGGUGAUGCCGCUCUCUUUGGUAUAAACGGCUUCAACAUGCUCGUCGACGGUGGUUUCGCGAGAAAAGCGUGCUUCUGGGAUUUCACGAGGCACUUGGAUCGCCUCGACGCUGUUUUGUUAACUAGGAUAAAUAAUAGUAAUAUCGGUGGCAUGUCCAGUGUUCUUCGUAAGAAAAAGGAGAUGCAUGUCUAUCCACAGAUUGGUCAUUUCUUCUGUAACCUUGUUGAAAGAAGACAAUCUCAUUCACCAGACGGCGACAAAGACAUUGAUCCUCUGAUAUUAAAUCUGAUAGAUGUCGGCCAAGAAAUGGUCGUCAAUCUUCGACACAUCAAUCUUCGUGCUCAUCCAUGCUACAGAGAUCCAGAUCCAAUCAAUCUCUAUCAUAAAGUUGGACAUGGUACUUUAGAUAUGUAUGUUCUAAGCCCGAACAAGGAAAGUCGAGAAGUAAGAGAAUUCUUGGCAAAGUGGCAUACGUCGGACGUGAAAUUAUUCGCUGGGACACAUAAAAAGGAUUCGAAUAAUUUAACAUUUCCUAUUCAAAAUCUUGUUUCAAUAUGCGCAUUACUAGUUUGGCAACCCGCUAAUCCUGAAGAUAAUAUUACUAGAAUCUUAUUUCCCGGAAGUACACCACAACAUAAAAUCUUUGAAGGAUUUGAACGAUUAAAACAUUUGGAGUUUUUGAAGCAUCCAAUUUGUUCGGCAAAGAGUCUUUCGCCAUCAACGUCAUUAGUAACUUUGAAGGACAAACCAGUGAAACAAAAGUUUGGUUUGAUCGAGAAGGAAUCAAAGAAAAUCAAAGAAAUCGAUAUUAAGAAAGAGAAAAAAGAAUCGCCAGAAAUCAAGGCACUAAAAGCUGCUGAGGAAAUAUCAACGAAGCCGGUACCGCAAUCAACACCUAUAAUACCAAUAUCGAAACCAAGAAAGAUAGAAGAUAAACCAAAGAAAUUAGCGGAGAAUAAGAAGAUCGAUGUAGAUGCUAAGGAAAAGAAAAUCGAGAAAGAGUUAAAAGAGACGAAGAAGGAAGUGAAAAAAGACUUGAUUAAAGCUGAGAAACCUGAAAAACAAGAGAAACAGGAGAAACGUGACGAAGAAGUUAGUAAAAAGGAAGUAAUCAAGGAGGAAACAGAAAAAGUAGUUCCUACGAAAGAACCAAAAGUAAAAGCUGAGCCAGUAAAGAAGACGAAGGAACCAAAGGUUAGCAAAACUAUAAAAGCGGAUGUUCCAUCGAAGGUAAAGUCACUGGAAAAAAAGAUGAAGGCACCGAGUUCAGAGAAGAAAGAUACUUCUAAAUCGUCACCGACGACACCGAAGAAAACAAUGAACGGUGUUGCAACUAAAACUGAAAUAUCGAAAACUGCACCUAGAGGACGACCAACUACAAAAGUAUCAACGGCACCGGCAAAGAGUGCCAAAGAUGCGAACAAUCGAAAGGUUGUGGAGCAAAAGAAUAUUGAAAAAUCGGUUGCGAAGGAGGCACCUGUUGCAGUCGUCAAGGUGUCGGCUAAACCAAAGCCAAUGGAUAGGAAGCCGAUCAGUCGAAGGCCUAAACCAGUUAGCCCAAGUAAAGCAAGAGUUCCUGGUAGUCCUGCAAAAUCGACCCGAAGUACACCAACUGCUUCGGUGAAGUCAGACAAAGAUGGUGUCAUCAGAAAGAUGAAGGGAGAUAAGGGUACUACGGAUUCUUCAACAGUAUCCACACCUUCUGGAGUUGAACCAGAAUCAACGGUGAAGCUUGUUGAAAAAAGUCUAAUUGAAAAAUCCGAAGACAUUUCUUUGGAUUCUAUCGAAAGUAAAGUUUUAGCUGAUUUGAAAGAAGAACGUGAAGUCGUUGAAGAGAUCGAGGCAGUUUUACAAAAAGCAGAGAGAAUCGAGACUAGAAAGGACGAUCGUUUUGAAGGAGACGACGAAAUUACUGCUGAAGCUACCGAUAAAAAGGAAGAAGACAUGACGGAGGAAGACGUAACCGCUGAGAUCGAAGACGUACCAAAGAAGGAAAGUUCUCGAAAAGAAAGUCAAGAAUUAACGGAAGAAGACGAAUAUUUGAUUGUUGAAAAGGAAGAGAUAUAUACUGAGGACUCUGUUCAGAGUGGUGAAGGCGAACAAAAGCAUAUUUUGGAUGAAGCCGAAUCUGAGAAGACUAAAAUAUUAAAAGAUACUAUGGAAAUAACGAAGGAAAAGGGAGAAAAAGAGGAACCAGAAAAAGGUAAGGUCGAAAGUCCAGAGAAGAAAGCAGAGAUCGUCGAAAAGGUCCCAACAAAAGAGGAAAAGAAAGUGUCGCCAGAGGAGAAACCUGUUCUUACGUCAGCUCCAGAAAUUACACCAAAACCAGAAGAUAAAGAUGAUUCUGGUAAAAAAGACAGCGAAGAAAUUACGAAAGAACCAUCCAGUUUGAGUCCAGAUAAAUUGGAUUCUUCCGAAAAAAAGACGACCGACACAGACAUGAAACCUGAAGUGGAUCAAAAAGAACAUGUUCUUGAAAAAUUAGAGGAAUCUCAGGAACGUAUCUCGACAUUGGAAUCGGGUGCCACGACUACUGCUCCGACACUUCCCGAAGAUGAACGUAUUCCUCUCGAUGAAAUAAAGGAAGAUAUCGAUGAGAAACAUGUUAUCGAGGAAGUCAAAGAGAAGGAUGCUCCUGUUAAAGUUGAAAAAGAAAUUAUUCCUCAGGCUGUUCCACCGGCAAGUAAACCCGACGUAAAAGUUUUCGACGUUCGACAAGCUGUUCAAGGCUUGCAACGAGACAUUGUCAAAACUCCGGAUGAAGUAGCCGAUCUUCCGGUCCACGAAGAAGUCGAUCCGAAACUAUAUCGAAUGGAUUUCGAGAAGGAUAAGGAAGAAAGAAUAGUAGCACCACCUACUCAAGAAAUCAAGGAACCAGAACCAACACCUCCAGUCAAAGAACAAAAAGGUGUUUUUAGUUUCUUUGGUAAGGUAGCUGAUAAAUUUGAGAAGGGAAUCGAUAAAUUGACGAAGAAAACGAAAAGAGAGCCUGAAAAGGAGGAGGAUAAGUCAUCGUCGAAAUCUAGCUCUCCGAAGGAGGCAAAGAUACAAGAAAAGAUUAGUUUGGAGGAGGUGGAUAUGGAAAAAAUGUUCCCGAAGAUAGGCAAAGUAGCUGAAAAGCCGGAAAUAUUCGAAAAGGUUCAGCCUGUGCCAUCAGAAGUUAAGGUUGCGGCCAUCAAGGAAACCGUAGCUUUUAUUGAAGAAGAAGAAUCGAAAGAUAUCAAGAGACGUAGCGUGCCAGAUUUGGAAGUGAAAGUGUCUGAUAAGGUCGAAGUUAUCACAGGGAAGCCAAUCAUUUCACCGACCGAGAAAAUUGAGGAAAAGGAAGAAAAAGAAGUAAAGGAAAAAUUCGUGAAGGAGGAAGAUCUUUUGAAGGAAGAGGAAGUUGGAGAGGACGUUGAAGAAGUAAAAGCUCUUCUCGAGGAAGCUUCGAAGAAAUUCAAAACAGUGAAGGACAGCCUUAGAGAUUCUUUAGAAUCUUUGGAAGAAAAAAUUGAAGAAGAAGAAGAUCUUUUACGUCACGAAGCAGCCCUUACGAAGGACAUUGUCAAGGAUACUUUGGAAGGAGUAGUUGAAAAAUUAGAAGAGAUAAAACCUCAGAUCGAAGGACUAUCGGAAAUAAAGGAAGCAGAAAAAGUAAAGUUCGAUAUUCCUAAGGAUGAGGAAUUUGAAGAGGAAUAUGAAAAAGAGCAUGUUGGUCCUAUCAAGGACGUUAAGGAAGCCGUCCGUGAUGUUGGUGAAGUUCUCGCUGGAUCAGCAGGUAUAGUGAUUGACGACAAGCCUAAAGAUGUCGUUGAAAUUGUGAAAAAAGUCGCUGAAGUAUUAAAAGAAGACGAUUUUCUUCCUCGCGAAUUAUUAUUCGACAAACCUUCCGAGAAGGAACUGACCGAAAGAAAGAUCUCGAUACCGAGUGAUAAAACUAUCGAAGCUGAAGAAAAAUUAGCCAAACUUGAGGACAAAGUAUUCAAACCGAUCGUAGAGGAUAUUCCUGUACCUGCAAGGAUCAGCCUUGCCAAAGAGAUGCCUACAGAAAUCGCUAAGCCUUUACCAAUUUACGAGAAACCUGGAGCGAUCGAGAUUGAAGAAAAACCUUCUGAAAAAGUUGUCAAAGAUGUAAAAGAAAUCAUUUCGCCGGUGAAAGAUCAGAUCAAGGACAUGCAGGAUGUUAAAAAGAUCUGCGAAGAAAUAAUGAAGGACGAUCAUAUUUAUGAAGAAAUGAAGGAAGUCGAGGAUACGACGAAAGUAGACGUGAUGAAGGCAGGUCUCGAAGAGAUUUGUGUAAAGGAUGUAGCCAAACGACCGUCUAUCAGUGAAGAACCAAAACAAAUGAUAGAAGAACCAAUUAUAACGUUCGAGCAAAAAGUAUCACCAGCAAAAGCUGAAGUCGUUAUGGUUACACCAGAUUCCGCACCGACUUCACCAAAAUUCACAACUGAGAAAGUUUACGACGAAGAAUUAAUGAAAGAACCGAUGAAAGAGAAGUUACCAGAAUUGACUGUGGAAAUCAAGGACGUACUUAACAAACAAACUCCAUUAGAAGAAAUCAUCGAAGAACUCGUGAUUACUAAGAAAAAGAAGAUCACUAUCGAGAUUAUUGAAUAUAUUACUAUUGUUAAACGUGUACCAAGAGAACGUGUGAUCUAUAUAAUCGAAGAAAUCAUCAUAAGGAAGAAACUUAAUCCAGAAAGUGUAGUUGACGAUCUUAAUCUUCUUAAAACGACUAUUACACCGGAAAAGAUCAUUGAAAUCGAGGAAUACAUUAUUAAUGAGUAUAUUACAAAAGGCAAAAGAAUUACCGUUCAAAUAAUCGAAGAGAUUUCAAUAAGGAAAGCUGUACCAAAGAGAAUCAUCAUUGAAAUCAUCGAAGAGAUUAUUAUUAAGAGAAAAAUUACAAAAGAGAUGGUAUAUGACAUUUCAAGCGAACAGUUUCGUGAUCUUCGUAAAGAAUCACCCGAGGAUGAAAAGAUGGAUGCUGUGAAAUCCGAAGUUCUAGUAGAAAAGAAAAAAUCGAUUACCAGUCCAAAAAAAGAAGAAGUAGAAGAAAAAGAAGUUAAAGAAAAGGAAGAAAAAGAGAAAGAAGUUCCUACAACAAGAGAAGAAGAAAAAUAUAAAGAUGAGAAAGUUUUAACUCCUGAAAGUAUGGAAGAAGUCGAAGAUGGUUUCGUUACUAUUCCUUCAGGAGCAGUUUUGUUAUCUGAGGAUCGUAAGAUUCAGUUAGAAAUAAAGAAAAAAGAGGAACCUGAAAUUACAAAAGAACAUGAAAAAGACGUUAUUGACGAUUUCGAAGCUGUGGAACAAGAAUACAAAGUUCAGGAAAUUGCAGUCACUGAAAAGAUACCACAAAUUGGAAAAGAGAAAGAAGAACCAGAGGAAGAGAUAGAAGACGACACGAGUGACGUCAUCGAGGCUGAGGAAAAGUUCGUGAAGGAGGUCAAGGAAAAAGCUGGAAAGAAGGAUAUCGAGGACAUCGAGAUGGUCAAGGAUGUUGACAAAAUCAUUGAAAAAGACGAGACGAAAAAGAUCGUUGAUGAUAUAACAGUAGAAACGGAAACGUCCGAAAUAUCUGAGAUCGUAGAUACUACGGAAAAAUAUCUGGAUGAAGCUAAAGAGAAGCCUGAAAUAAAGGAUGUUAAGAAAGAAGAAAUAAAGGUUGUUGAAAAAGAGGUGAAAUUAAAAGAACUUGAAGUUAAGGAAGCUGAAGAGCCAUCGAUAAAAGAUAAACAAGAUGAAAAGAAGAUGGAGACUGAUUUAAUCAAGGAACCAUAUCGUAAGGAAAGUGUUACCAUCGAGGAGGUAAUUCCAAGAAAAUUAUCAUUGGAGGUUAAGGAGGAAGCAAAAAUGGUAGUGGAAGAAAAAGGGAUAGAGGAAAUUGCAAAGGCAGCUGAAAUAAAAGAGAAAGACGAGGAGAAGAAAGAAGUAGAAGAAUUGAAAGAAAAAGCUGUACUAAUCUCGACCGAAAUUGAAACCGAACAAAUGAAAGAUGAGAAAGCGACUACUGAAGUAACGAGUGUUUCUGAUAAGAAGAUUACUCCUGAGAAGGAUAUUAAAGAAGUAGAGGAAAAAGAUAUUCAGCCAAAAGCUUUGGCGUUUUCACCAAAAGAAGAGAAAAAACCAGAGAUGAAAGAUAUCGUCGAAAAAGACAUCGAGCCUAUGAUAAAGGAAGUUAAGGAAGAAGUUAAGGAAGAAGUUAAGAAAGAAGUUAAGAAAGAAGAUGAGAAAAAACUUGAAGAAAAAGUUCCUAAGGAGGAAAAAUUAGCGGACGCUACGGGUCGUGCUAUAGAACCUAAAGCAGAAAUUAUUGAAAGGGAAUUGGAUGAGAAAGUUGAGAAAAAAGAAAAACUUCCUAAGGAGGAAAAAUUAGCAGACGCUACUGGUCGCGUUAUUGAACCUAAAACAGAGGUUAUUGAGAAAGAAUUGGAGGAGAAAGAAAUAAAACUCGAAGAUAAACUUUUCAAGGACGAGAAACUAGCAGACGGUACUGGUCGUGCGAUCGAACCAAAAGCAGAGGUUAUUGAUAAAAAAUUAGAAGAAAAAAUUUUAAAGGAAGAGAAACCCGAAGACAAAGUUUCAAAGGACGAAAAAUUAGCUGAUGCUACGGGAAGUGCAAUUGAGCCAAAGGCAGAGAUUAUUGAUAAAAAAUUAGAAGAAAAAGUUGAAAAGGAAGAAAAACCAGAAGACAAGAUUCCUAAAGAUGAAAAAUUAACUGAUGCAACAGGACGUGCGAUUGAGCCAAAAGCUGAAAAAGAAGAAAUACCAGAAGACAAGAUUCUCAAAGAUGAAAAAUUAACUGAUGCAACAGGACGUGCGAUCGAGCCAAAAGCAGAGGUUAUUGAUGAAACAAUUGAAAAGGAGGAAGAAGAAGUAAAAAUUCGAAAGAAGAGGAGUCUCCAAGAAGAGCCAACAAUCGAGAUAAGCAAGGAUCUAAAACCAUCCGAAAGCACAGAAGAAAUUGAAGUAAAAGAAGUAGAAAAAGUGGAACCAUCAAAAGUUGCAGAAGAUAGUGGAGUUGUUCAUCGAAUGUUAGUAACAGCAAGUAGCGAAGAUGGUGGACAAGAAAUGGACAUCUGUCCAACAGGAACAAUUAUUUACGCUAAACCCGUCACACCUGAUGAUUCCUUGAAGGAAGUAUCGAUCAAAACGACACCUGAUAAAGAUUCUUUGCUUUUGGACAAAGAUUCAAUUCAAUCAGAAAUUAGUAUUUCUGAAAAAGAUAGUAUUUCGGAAAAAUCAGUAACCGAAAUUAAAGAUACCGAAAAGAUCACUCCUGAAGAUAGUUUGGAAAAGUCUCCACUCGAUACACGUGGUUCACAAGAUUUGGAAGACAGUUUAGAGAAACUAGACAGUAAAGUAAAGGAUAUUGAAAGUGUUUUACCUAGCACUGAAGUUGAAAAGGUUAAAGAGCUUGACAAAAAAGAAGAAAUCAUAUCUUCGGUCAAAGAUGAGAUCGAAAAGAUCAGUAAAGCAGUGUCUCCAAAAGAGGAAGCUGUUAGUAAAGCAAGUAGUCCAGAAAAGGAAGUUGGUAAGAUACCCUCACUUCUAGACUUAUCCAAAGAAGAAAUCUCUAAAAUAAAGACUCCCACUUCGACACCGAUCGAAGAAAAACACGAAAAGAUACUCGAAGCUAUAAUUUCCAAAUCUCCGGAAAUUAGUCGUUCAGAAGACGUUUCACCGACCGAAACGAUAUUUGCAAAAUCGCCUACCGAGAAAAAAGUUCCUGUAGAUAUUUCGAUGAAAGAAACGAAAGAGACUGAAAUUUUGAAGGAAGAAAAACCAAAGGAAAUCGUACAAAUUGUUGAUAAAGUCGACAAAUCAAAGUCACCGAGUCCUAGCAUAGAAGGCCUUGCUGACGAGAAGACUGUUAAAAAAUCGCCUGAAGAAGAAAAACCUAUUACUGCCGUUAUAAGUGCAAAAGAGAUUGAAGAAAGUAUUCUAGAUAAAGAAAAAUCUUUAAAACUAGACGAGGAAAAAUAUAAGAUCGACAAAUCUGACGUAAAAGAUAUAACUGAUAAAUCUAGAUCGCCUAGUAUCGAGAAACCUUCUGAAAAGGAACAACUCGAAAAAAUUGUCAGUGAAAAAUUAGAAAAGGAAGAGACGAUAGUUCCUGAAAAAUCGAGAUCACCGAGCGUUGUUAAAGAAGAACCAGGAAAACAAUUGGAUAUAACAAAAAUCGAAGCGAAAGUCGAUCUAGAAAAAAUAGAUCAGGUCGAGAAACCAAGAUCUCUCAGUAUAGUUAGUGACAAAGUUAUAGAAGAAAAAGAAGCGGAUAAAAAAGAUGAAUUAGAAAAAAUUGAAAAGGAAGCUAAAUUGCUUGAGAAACCAAAAUCGCCGAGUAUUUCCGAGGAUAAAUUGAAGGAGGAAUCCAAAUCACGAAGUAUAUCUCCUUCGGAAAAGAUCGAUGAAAAAGAAUCGAUCGAUAAAUCGAGAUCACCAAGUAUUACAACUGAAGAGAAAUCUGCAAGUAUUUCCGAUGAAAAAUCUGUGAAGGUUGAGGACGAUAAAUCGAGAUCACCGAGCGUUGUUAGCGAUAAGGCGGAAGAAAUCGAACGUGAAAAGUUAAAGUCAGCCAGCAUUGAAAAAGAAUUAACUGUUGACAGAUCUAGAUCAGCAAGUGUUGUUAGUGAAAUUCAGGAUACGAAAAAAAUCGAGGACGUUAAAUUAGAUCGUGCUAAAUCACCGAGUAUGCCUGAAGAAAAACCUGAAGAAAAGAUCGUUAAAGAAUUGAUUCCCGAAUUAAAAGCAGCAGCACCAGCAUCCGUCGAUGUUUCCAGUGAUAAAAUGAAAGAUGCGAAAGAAUUAAUCAGUGAAAUGGAGAAGAUUGAUGUUAAAAAAGAAACCUCUCCUCCUGGUGAAGAAAUAAUAGUCGAUAAAUCAAGAUCACCUAGCGUGACAAGCAUUUCACAAAAAGUGGAAGACUUGAUCGAUCGAUCGAAAUCACCUAGCAUAAGCAGUCAAGUCUCGGACGAAAAGAAAUCCGAAGAUCGUUCGAAAUCACCGAGCAUUGCUAGUGAUAAAAUGGAAUUGGAAAAGGAAAUCGAGAAAUCAAGAUCACCUAGCAUCGUCGAUAAAGAAGUUUCUGAAAGUUUGGAGAAAUCUUUGAUCACCGAAGAAAAGAAAUCGAGUGAAGUAUCUCCAGUGACUAUGGAAGAGAAAGAAGACGUCAAGGUUAUCGAUAAGUCAAGAUCACCUAGCGUCGAAAGUACAAUCGAAGACAAAGGAACGAUCGAUUUAUCGAAAUCACCAAGCAUAACUGAAAAAUUAGAAGAUGACAUCAAAAGAAGUAAAUCACCUAGUAUAACCAGCGAAAAAUCUGAAGAGAAAGCAUUAAGCGAAUUGCAAAAAUCACCUAGCAUUUCGGACGAAAAAUUGGACACUAAAGAAAUAACAGAGAAACUUGCCGAAAAAGAAAAAUCACUUAGCCCCGUAAGUUUCGCUGAUAGUAAAUCAAAAUCCCCGAGUAUUAUUGAUGAAAAAAUAAGUUUAACAGGAAUCACGAUCGAAUCGAAGGUAGAGGAAUCGAUAGAAAGAGCUAAAUCACCCAGUGUCAUCAGUGAUAAAUCGUUGGAUAAGAAAUCUCCAAGUAUCGAAGACCGUUCGAAAUCGUCUAGUAUUGUUGGAGAAAAAUCUGAGAUCAGUGACGUCAUAGAAAAAUCUAUUGAAACCAAAGAAUCCGAUAGAAGUAAAUCACCAAGUAUAUCUCCAAGUAUUGCUGGAGAAAAAUUGGAUCUUAAAGAUGUCGAAGAAGUCCUUGAUAAAUCGAAAUUGUCAAGUAUCAGUGAUGAUAAAGUGGAUCUCAAAGACGUGAUUAUUGAACGACCAAUCCGUGAAGAUCGUUCUGGCAGUGUCAUAAGUAUUACCAGUGAAAUCAAAGAACCAUCGGAGAAGUCAAAAUCUCCUAGCAUUUCUAGUGAAAAACCUGACCUUGAGGAAUUAAAAGACAUCGGAGUACGAAAGGAAUCGAUCAGUAAAAGAGAAUCAAUUGAUAUUACUUUGGAAACAUCACAAAUCGUGGAAAAGGAACAGAAAGUAGAAGAUAAAUCGAGAUCUCUUAGCGUAACGAGCUUUACUGAUGAUCAAAAGCCUAUGGCAGAUUUAGAAAAAUCUAUUGAUGUUUCCGAAAAGAUCGAAAUCGAUAGAAGUAAAUCUUCAAGUAUUAGUAGUGAUAAAUCUGAUGAUAAAAAACCGGACGACAAAAGUAGUGAACGAGAACAUUAUGAGGACGCAAUCGACGAGUCUCGUUCACCUAGUUUCACUGAAGAUAAGAGUCUUAGCAAGGAAAGUGUUGAAUCAACCUCUCCUAGUACUACGAUCGAAAAGCUAGAUCGUACGAAAGAAAAGGAGGAUUUGAAAUCGCCUGUCAAAUCUGAAGAAUUUCAUAGUCCUAAGAAAGAUAUCGAAGGGGCGAUAAUAGUCGAUGCCAAACUAACUGAAGAUCGCUCAAGGACACCGAGUGUCGCGGAGGUUAAAAUCGAUGAUAAGUCUAGGUCGGCUAGUAUCGUCAGCGAAGUAUCUGCUAAAGAAGUCAUUGAUAAAUUAGAAAAAGAACCUUUACUGGAAAAGGAUAAACAAAAGUCACCAUCUCCAGAAACUAUCAAACAAGAAAAAUUGCCAGAAGUUGAGAAAUCAAGAAAGUCAGCUUCGCCGGAAAUAGAAAAAAUAGAAAAGGUAUUACCGCUAGAAACAGAGAAACAAACAUCUGUUUCACUGGAAGUAGAAAGACUGGAAAAAUCACUUUCAAUCGAAGUAGAUAAACAAGAAUUACUUUUACCAAAGUCUGAAAAACUGCCGAAAUCACCAACCCCAGAAACUGAAAAGAAAGAAAAAUCUCCUUCUCCGGAAGUUCUAAAAGAAAAGUCACUUUCUCCGGAAAUAGAAAAACCAUCACAAUCACUAACUCUUGAAUCGGAAAAACAGAAAUCAAUUUCGACAGAAGUAGAAAAAGAAAAGUCUAUUUCGCCAGAAGUAGAAAAACAAAAAUCACCUUCGCCGGAAACAAAGACAGAAAAAUUACCUUUACAUGAAAUAGAUAAAUCAAAAUCUCCUACACCAGAAGAACAAAAGGAGAAAUCACCAUCACCUGAAAUACAAAAAGAAAAAUUACCUUCGUUAGAAGCAGAAAAGGAAAAAUCACCAUCGCCUGAAAUACAAAAAGAGAAAUCGCCGUCACCGGAAAUACAAAAAGAAAAGUCACCUUCAUUAGAAGCAGAAAAGGAAAAAUCACCAUCGCCUGAAAUACAAAAAGAGCAAUCGCCGUCACCGGAAAUACAAAAAGAAAAAUCACCUUCGUUAGAAGCAGAAAAGGAAAAAUCGCCAUCACCUGAAAUACAAAAAGAAAAAUCGCCUUCCCCGGAAAUACAAAAAGAAAAGUCUCCUUCGUUAGAAGCAGAAAAGGAAAAAUCACCAUCACCUGAUAUAAAGAAAGAAAAAUCGCCUUCACCGGAAAUACAAAAAGAAAAGUCUCCUUCAUUAGAAGCAGAAAAGGAAAAAUCACCAUCACCUGAUAUAAAGAAAGAAAAAUCGCCUUCACCGGAAAUACAAAAAGAAAAGUCUCCUUCGUUAGAAGCAGAAAAGGAAAAAUCGCCAUCACCUGAAAUACAAAAAGAAAAAUCGCCGACACCGGAAUUACAGAAAGAAAAGUCUCCUUCAUUAGAAGCAGAAAAGGAAAAAUCACCAUCACCUGAUAUAAAGAAAGAAAAAUCACCAACACCUGAAAUACAAAAAGAAAAGUCUCCUUCGUUAGAAGCAGAAAAGGAAAAAUCGCCAUCACCUGAAAUACAAAAAGAAAAAUCGCCGUCACCGGAAAUACAAAAAGAAAAGUCUCCUUCGUUAGAAGCAGAAAAGGAAAAAUCGCCAUCACCUGAAAUACAAAAAGGGAAAUCGCCGACACCUGAAACACAAAAAGAAAAAUCGCCAUCACCGGAAAUACAAAAAGAAAAGUCUCCUUCAUUAGAAGCAGAAAAGGAAAAAUCACCAUCUCCUGAUAUAAAGAAAGAAAAAUCGCCGUCACCGGAAAUACAAAAAGAAAAGUCUCCUUCAUUAGAAGCAGAAAAGGAAAAAUCACCAUCACCUGAUCUACAGAAAGAAAAGUCACCGACACCGGAAUUACAAGAAGAAAAGUCACCUUCAUUAGAAGCAGAAAAGGAAAAAUCGCCAUCACCUGAAAUACAAAAAGAAAAAUCGCCUUCCCCGGAAAUACAAAAAGAAAAGUCUCCUUCGUUAGAACCAGAAAAAGAAAAAUCACCAUCACCUGAUCUACAGAAAGAAAAAUCGCCGACACCGGAAUUACAAAAAGAAAAGUCUCCUUCAUUAGAAGGAGAAAAGGAAAAAUCACCAUCACCUGAUAUAAAGAAAGAAAAAUCGCCUUCACCGGAAAUACAAAAAGAAAAGUCUCCUUCGUUAGAAUCAGAAAAGGAAAAAUCGCCAUCACCUGAAAUACGAAAAGAAAAAUCGCCGAUACCGGAAUUACAAAAAGAAAAAUCUCCUUCAUUAGAAGCAGAAAAGGAAAAAUCACCAUCACCUGAUAUAAAGAAAGAAAAAUCGCCUUCAUCGGAAAUACAAAAAGAAAAAUCUCCUUCAUUAGAAUCUCCUUCGUUAGAAGCAGAAAAGGAAAAAUCACCAUCACCUGAAAUACAAAAAGAAAAAUCGCCGACACCGGAAUUACAGAAAGAAAAGUCUCCUUCAUUAGAAGCAGAAAAGGAAAAAUCACCAUCACCUGAUAUAAAGAAAGAAAAAUCGCCGUCACCAGAAAUACAAAAAGAAAAGUCACCUUCGUUAGAAGCAGAAAAAGAAAAAUCGCCAUCACCAGAUAUACAGAAAGAAAAAUCACCGUCCCCGGAAAUACAAAAAGAAAAGUCACCUUCAGAAGCAGAAAAAGGAAAAUCGCCAUCACCUGAAUUACAAAAAGAAAAAUCGCCGUCACCGGAAAUACAAAAAGAAAAAUCUCCUUCGUUAGAAACAGAAAAGGAAAAAUCACCAUCACCUGAAAUACAGAAAGAAAAAUCGCCGACACCGGAAAUACAUAAAGAAAAGUCACCUUCGUUAGAAGCAGAAAAGGAAAAAUCACCAUCACCAGAUAUAGAGAAAGAAAAGUCGUUAACACCAGAAGUACAGAAAGCAAAAUCUCCAAUAUCGGAAAUUCAAAAAGAAAAGUCACCUUCGUUAGAAGCAGAGAAAGAAAAAUCUCCAGUAACAGAGAUGGAGAAACAAAAGUCUCCUACCCCAGAACUCCAAAAAGAAAAAUCCGCUUCACCAGAUGCAGAGAAGGAGAAGUCUCUUGCAUUAGAAAUGGAAAAACAGAAAUCUCUUACACCAGAAGCACCAAAAGAAAAAUCACUUUCCCCAGAAAAAGAAAAAGAAAAAUCUUUAGUACUAGAGACGGGAAAAGAGAAGUCUUUGACGCCAGAACUACAAAAAGAUAAAGCGCCUUUACCAGAGAAAGAAACAGAAAAAGCAAAAUCACUAAUGACAUUAACAGAGAAGCAAAAAUCUCCUACACCAGAGGCAGAAAAAGAAAUAUCUCCACCAGCAGAAAUACAAAAAGACAAAUCAAUUUCACCACAAGUAGAAAAGGAAAAAUCUCCUGCUUUAGAGGGAGAGAGGCAGAAAUCUCCUACACCAGAAUCAGUAAAGGAAAAAUCACUUUCCCCGGAAUUAGAAAAAGAAAAAUCACUUUCUCCAGAAUUAGAAAAAGGCAAAACUCUUCUUUCAGAAAUUGGAAAAGAAAAAUCUCCAUCACUAGUAAUAGAAAAAGAAAAAUCUCCAGGAUUAGAAACAGAAAAACAGAAGUCUCUUUCACCAGAGAAAGAAAAAGAAGAAUCACUUUCGCCAGAGAUAGAGAAGGAAAAAUCUGCAGUACCAGAAGUUGAAAAGGAGAAAGCAUUGUCACCUGAAAAAGAAAAAGAAAAAUCUGUUUCGCCUAUUAUGAAAAAGGAAAUAGCUAUUCCAUCAGAAAAGCAAAAAUCGCUAUCACCUGAAGAAGACAAAUCCUUUAUGAUAGAAGAUAAAAAAACAAAGCCUUCUACUCCUGAAGAACAAAAAGAUGAAUCUUCUACAUCAGAGGUACAAAAAGAAAGAUCUCCUUCACCAGUAUCAGAAAAGGAGAAAUCUCCAGCUGCAGAAGCAGAUAAACAAAAAUCUCCCUCACCAGUAUCAGAAAAGGAAAAAUCCCCAGCUGCAGAACCAGAUAAACAGAAAUCGCCUUCACCAGUAUUAGAAAAGGAAAAAUCACCUGUAGCUGAACCAGAAAAACAAAAAUCUCCUUCACCAGUAUCAGAAAAGGAGAAAUCUCCAGCUGCAGAAGCAGAUAAACAGAAAUCGUCUUCACCCGUAUUGGAAAAGGAAAAACCUCCUGUAUUGGAACCAGAAAAACAAAAAUCUCCUUCACCAGUAUCAGAAAAGGAAAAAUCCCCAGCUGCAGAACCAGAUAAACAGAAAUCGCCUUCACCAGUAUCAGAAAAGGAAAAAUCACCUGUAGCUGAACCAGAAAAACAAAAAUCUCCUUCACCAGUAUCAGAAAAGGAGAAAUCUCCAGCUGCAGAAGCAGAUAAACAAAAAUCUCCUUCACCAGUAUCAGAAAAGGAAAAAUCACCUGUAGCUGAACCAGAAAAACAAAAAUCUCCUUCACCAGUAUCAGAAAAGGAGAAAUCUCCAGCUGCAGAAGCAGAUAAACAGAAAUCGCCUUCACCCGUAUUGGAAAAGGAAAAAUCACCUGUAUCGGAACCAGAAAAACAAAAAUCUCCUUCUCCAGUAUCAGAAAAGGAAAAAUCUCCAGCUGUAGAAGCAGAUAAACAAAAAUCUCCUUCACCAGUAUCAGAAAAGGAAAAAUCACAUGUAGCUGAACCCGAAAAACAAAAAUCUCCUUCACCAGUAUCAGAAAAGGAGAAAUCUCCAGCUGCAGAAGCAGAUAAACAGAAAUCGCCUUCACCCGUAUUGGAAAAGGAAAAAUCUCCUGUAUUGGAACCAAAAAAACAAAAAUCUCCUUCUCCAGUAUCAGAAAAGGAGAAAUCUCCAGCUAUAGAAGCAGAAAAACAAAAAUCUCCUUCACCAGUAUCAGAAAAGGAAAAAUCACCUGUAGCUGAACCAGAAAAACAAAAAUCUCCUUCACCAGUAUCAGAAAAGGAGAAAUCUCCAGCUGCAGAAGCAGAUAAACAGAAAUCGCCUUCACCCGUAUCGGAAAAGGAAAAAUCACCUGUAUCGGAACCAGAAAAACAAAAAUCUCCUUCUCCAGUAUCAGAAAAGGAAAAAUCUCCAGCUGUAGAAGCAGAUAAACAAAAAUCUCCUUCACCAGUAUCAGAAAAGGAAAAAUCACCUGUAUCGGAACCAGAAAAACAAAAAUCUCCUUCACCAGUAUCAGAGAAGGAAAAAUCUCCAGCUGCAGAAGCAGAAAAACAAAAAUCUCCUUCACCAGUAUCAGAAAAGGAAAAAUCACCUGUAUCGGAACCAGAAAAACAAAAAUCUCCUUCACCAGUAUCAGAAAAGGAAAAAUCACCUGUAGCUGAACCAGAAAAACAAAAGUCUCCUUCACCAGUAUCAGAGAAGGAAAAAUCUCCAAUUGUAGAAGCAGAUAAACAGAAAUCGCCUUCACCCGUACCGGAAAAGGAAAAAUCACCUGUAGCUGAACCAGAAAAACAAAAAUCUCCUUCACCAGUAUCAGAAAAGGAGAAAUCUCCAGCUGCAGAAGCAGAUAAACAGAAAUCGUCUUCACCCGUAUUGGAAAAGGAAAAAUCUCCUGUAUUGGAACCAGAAAAACAAAAAUCUCCUUCACCAGUAUCAGAAAAGGAAAAAUCCCCAGCUGCAGAACCAGAUAAACAGAAAUCGCCUUCACCAGUAUCAGAAAAGGAAAAAUCACCUGUAGCUGAACCAGAAAAACAAAAAUCUCCUUCACCAGUAUCAGAAAAGGAGAAAUCUCCAGCUGCAGAAGCAGAUAAACAGAAAUCGCCUUCACCCGUAUUGGAAAAGGAAAAAUCUCCUGUAUUGGAACCAGAAAAACAAAAAUCUCCUUCACCAGUAUCAGAAAAGGAAAAAUCCCCAGCUGCAGAACCAGAUAAACAGAAAUCGCCUUCACCCGUACCGGAAAAGGAAAAAUCACCUGUAGCUGAACCAGAAAAACAAAAAUCUCCUUCUCCAGUAUCAGAAAAGGAGAAAUCUCCAGCUGUAGAAGCAGAUAAACAGAAAUCGCCUUCACCUGUACCGGAAAAGGAAAAAUCUCCUGUAGCUGAACCAGAAAAACAAAAAUCUCCUUCACCAGUAUCGGAAAAGGAGAAAUCUCCUACUGUAGAAGCAGAUAAACAGAAAUCGCCUUCACCAAUAUCGGAAAAGGAAAAAUUACCUGCAACAGAGUCAGAAAAACAGAAAUCACCAUCACCUGAAGUAGGAAAGGAUAAAUCACCGUCAAUUGAAUCAGAAAAACAAAAAUCACCUUCACCCGUGUUGGAAAAGGAAAAAUCACCUGCAACAGAGUCAGAAAAACAGAAAUCACCAUCACCUGAAGUAGGAAAGGAAAGAUCACCAUCAGUUGAAUCAGAAAAACAAAAAUCGCCUUCACCCGUACUGGAAAAAGAAAAAUCACCUGUAACUGAACCAGAAAAACAAAAAUCUCCUUCACCAGUAUCAGAGAAGGAAAAAUCUCCAGCCGCAGAGCCGGAAAAACAAAAAUCACUGUCUCCAGAAGUAGAGAAAGAAAAAUCUCUGGCGUUAGAAGUAGAGAAACAAAAGACUCCUUCUGCGAAAACGGAGAAAGAUAAAUCUCCUUUGUUGGAAGAUGCAAAGCAAAAAUCGUUAUCUCCAGAAAUAGAAAAACAGAAGUCUCUUUUACCGGAAGCAGAGAAAUCAGAGAAACUUAUAUUCUUAGAAUCGGAGAAGGAAAAAUCUCUUAUAUCUGAAGUAGAUAAGCAGAAACCAAUAACAGUAGAAAAGGAGAAAUCUCCAUCUUUGGAGAAAGAAAAAGAAAAAUCAUUAUCGACAAUGACAGAAAAGGAAAAACAAAAGUUACCUUUAUCAGAAACUGUGAAGUCUUCUCCAGAGAGCGAAAGGAGAGAAAGAUCUCCAACUCCAGAAAGUGGAAAAUUACGAAAAUCAAUAUCGCCGGAAAUAGAAGAUAAAAUCAGGUCACCGACCGGAAGUGAGAAAAAAUACGAAAUCGAAGCACGUUUAUUGAAAGAUGAUGUGGACGAGAACGUUCCAAAAGACAGGUCACGAUCGCAUAGUUUAUUUGAACCAGGAGAGAAAACACCAACGACUCGUUCUCGUGCAGCAAGUUUGUACGAGGAUAAGAUACCAGACAAGUUAAACCUUCAAGAAGGGGUAAAAACGACUUACGAUGAAGAAGAAAAGAAAAAACCAUUAGAAGAAGAAGAUGAAGAAGAAGAAGAGGAAGAAGAAUUUGAGUAUAAAGAUAGACAAAAAAGAAGUACAAUUGGUAUUACCGGAUCGAUUCACGAAGAAUUUGAAGAAGUUUAUUCUAAGAGAACUAGUCAAGCUAAAGAUGCUAAACGACUUCCCAAACAAGAUAAAUUCGAAGAUGAGGCAGACGAUAUUAUUAAAGUGACUGCCGAAAAGGUAGCAGACAUUGAAAAGUAUAUCGUCGAUGAGUUCUUGAACAAAAAACAAAAGAUUACAAUAUCUGCGAUAGAAAUAAUCGUUCUUACUUAUGCGGUACCAGAAUUUACAGUGAUGGACAUUAUAGAAGAUAUUCUAAAACGAAGAAAUCUUCGUAAGGAAUCAGUAUUGGACUUUGUCGACGAGGAAUCCGAUGAGAAGUCAAAAUCGAUGCCAGUGGGAAUAAAACUGGUGUCAACUGAAAAAAUGAGAGAGGUUGAAAAUUAUAUCAUCAGUGAAUACGUUGAUAAAAAUAAAAAGAUCACUAGUAAGAUUCUAGAGGAGAUCGUUUCUCUGAAAGGUAUUCCUCGAAAUUUCCUCAUCAUGAUAAUCCAAGAGAUAACUGUAAGAAGAAAAAUUCCAAGUGGCUUCAUUAUGGAUGCUGAGAUUUUACAAGAAUCAUUAAGAAAGACACCGGAAGAUGAAGGACUUGCUAAAAAAAAAGAGAAGGACGAAGAGCACGAUAAGAGUGUACGAGAUUCAAAGAGCCCAAGUUUGAGUUCGGAACCAAUCCCUUCGGACAAAUCCACUCAAGAUAGUCCGGUUCAUUCAGAGCCACACAUCGACGAAGAAAUUUCGAUUUCUGAAGAGAAACGUACCGAGAUUGAACAAUUUCUGGAAGAAGAAUAUAUUAAGAAAGGACGAAAAAUAACCGAAAUUAUUCUGGAGGAAAUAAUCGUGAGAACUUCUUUACCAAGAUACAUUAUCCUCGAAAUCAUCGAAGAAAUAAUUAUCAAGAAAAAACUAUCACGUAAAUCUAUAAUUGAUGUUGAAAUCUAUCACGAGGACGAACCUGAAAGUUACGAUAAACUCGAAUAUCAAUACGAAAAGUCAUCAGAAGUAGGACUCUCCGAAGCUGAUAGAAAAAUGUCUGGUGAGUACAGAUUAGGAGGAUAUGCGGAAUCAGCUGGUAGACAAAUGGAAAAAUCUAUUCCAAGUUAUCCGUUAGAUUACGAGAGUCAAUUUCACAAAGCUUUCGUUGGUGGAAUGACAGAAAUUCGUACGACUCAUAUAACAACAUUGUCUGGAAAAUCGACUCCAGAUUUUGCUACUCGUGACGGUACACCUGACUCAACGUCUGAACCUACUGGAUCCACCGUUGAAAGAACGGAUGAUAAAGGAAUAAGACUAGUUGAUCGAAUUUCACCUGACAAACAACAAAUUCUGAUUUCUAAGGGUGAGAUAACUGUUCAAAAAGUUGAAAUAUUAAAGGAGAGUAGAAUCGGUGAACAAGAAAUUCCUCCUGAGAAAGAUGAAAAGCAAAAAGAAGACGAACAAGUGAUCAGAAAAAUAAUCAAAUGUGAAAUUAUCGAAGAGGAAGAACCAGAAAUCGUAACGAAAGUAAUUAAAAAAAGAGAAAUAAUCGAGCAAGAAGAACCAGAAAGUAUCGAUGAAACGUUAAAGAAAGAAACGGUAGACCAAACUGAAUCUCGAAUAACGACGAAGAUCGUGAAACGUGAUGUGAUCGAAGAUGAAAGUGAGUCAGAAAUUAUAACCAAGAUAGUGAAACGAGAAAUAAUCGAAGAAGACGAACCUGAAGUAAUUACCAAAGUGAUCAAGAGAGAAAUCAUUAUUCCAGAAGAGAAAAUGUCUGAUUUCCAGGAUCACGAGAUCGUGAAAAGAGUAAUUAGUAGAGAGGAAAAGCCAGAAUCAGUUGAAACAAUAACAACAAAGACCACGAGAACGAUUGUUACAGAGGAACUUCCAACAUCAAAAAUAUCUACUUCCGAUCUGGAAAAACCAGAACUUUACACGUAUACGAUAUCACAUGAAGGUACAUUAGAGAAGAUUGAUACAUCUAGUUUAGGUGCUACCUAUAAAGUAAUCAGUCGAGAUAGUACGCCAGAAGUUUCGAAGAGUGCCGAGGUUAAAAGAAUCGUAACAACAGUUACGACGAUUACCGAGCCUGAUGGCAAAGUUACAACAAAGAAAGACGUAAAGGAAAGUAGCGAUACUGUUGAUAGCGAAGAACUCUUAGAGAAACUCAUUGAUUCUACUAUUAGUGAAAAGACUGGUAAAGUCACAACGACUGAGACGAAAACUACUGAAGGAUCGAAAAUGGAGAAGGUUAUCAAGGAAACAAUAACUACGAUGACGUCAACAUCUGGUACAUCGACACCAGAUGUAAAAACUUUCUAUGAUUCUGGUAAAUCGACUCCUGAUUCGAAAUUUGAAGAGAAGUCGGAUAUCAUUGGAAAAGAUCAUUUGGAAAAGGUUGGAAAAUUAGAACAUUCGGUAUCACCAUCGGUACGUGAUUUGGUAUCAGACGAGAAAAGUUAUUCAGGAAAAUCCUCACCGGAUAUAUCCUUGCCAAAGGACAUCGUUUAUAGUGGCUCUACUGGCAAAUCAACUCCGGAUAUUCCAGUUUCUCCAUUGGUUAGGGACGGUGCAGCAGUACAACCACUUGUAUCUGGAAGGUCCACACCUGAUAGAAGAUCAGAAGGUCGAUCGACGACCGCGACGCCUGAAGGAUUUAGAUCAGGCGAAGUAAUUCGAACGAUCAUUACCACGACCAGAACUAUGUCAGACGAUGGUGAGAUCAUUACAACUACUAAAGAAGUUACGGAGGCUACCAAUGAGAAAGGUGAAACGAUAAUUUUGGCUGAGAAAACUGAUGUUAAGGUUGAUGAUCGUUUGCCAACCAAGGAUACUGCAGAAAUGGCGAUCAGUAGCGCAAUUGGUAGCAUAAAAGGUUCAACGGAGUUACAACGAACAGGGAGUGCCAGUUCUGAUGCCAGCAGUGACAAGGACAAUAUAAAACCAGCUAGUCCUCGUAGUGAUCAGAGCAGUAUUCAUACUAAAGCCUCAACUCAUGUCCUUGGUAGCAGCGAAGAAAGACGAAUGACUUAUUCCGACGACGAACCACCUAGUUCUCCUCUUUCUUCGACAUCACAACUCGGCUAUUCUCCACAAUCGAAACAGUACGAGAGUUCUUCGAAGAAGGAAGAAGAAACGCACAAACCCAUCGAAUUUUCUACUGCGGCCAUGAGCAGUAGCUUUUAUGGCGAAUUACCAGCUGUACCUCCGGCGAUGAAGACGUUCCAAGAAAGUGGUUUGCACAAGAGCAGUGAUCCCAUUUCCACUCCAGGUGACUUCACUUUCAAGAAAUUUACCGUUGAGAAAGAGUACGCUGGUGGUUACGGAGAGAAACAUGAUACUAAAAAAUAUGUUGACGAAGCUGAUCUAGAUUUUGAAAAGGCUUUAAUGGAACGGAAGGAAUUAAAAGAAUCAGCUGAUUUCGGUAGCACCAUAGCACCUAGAUAUACCAAUGGAAGUCUUCGUCAAGAAUUAACUCACGAAUCGAUGAAGAGCGAUCAUUCGUCAUCUUCAUUGGCCGACGAGAGUUCUGAAAGCAAAAAAGAUUCAAAGAAAGACCCAUUGGAAGGAUGGGGAACACCUUUAGGUUUACCGUCACCGAAACCACCAAGAAAGUUCAAUCUUAAAAAUCCAACGCAACCUUCAAACGAAUUCUCAUCGGAUAAUCUU